AUUCCAGAACACCACUUGACUCACAGGUGGUUGCACUCAAGGACGUCAUUUUCUUGUGUUUGCGCUUGCAUUGGCUCAGUAUACGAUACUCUGUGAGUCGGAGCGGUCCGGGCGAACUCUGUCGUGACUCCUGGUCCCACUUACUCAUCCCUGGCGAAUGAUUCUGGGCUCGACAAUACCAACAGUUCGAGCUUGUAACUGACGUGCAUAAACUGGGAAAAAUCCUACUUUCUGACAUAUUCAAAUUCCGAGAACCACAUCAAUAUGGCUGAAACUGUGAAGCAAGCCGUCGAGGCUGCGAAAGAGGGACUUGAAAACCUCAACCUCACCGGUCAGUCUAAGCAAAAGCAGCAACAAGCUGGUCAGGGCAAAAAGAAGGAGAAGAAGGCUGGUGCUGGUCCAGCGCAGUCUGAAGAACUUCAGCCACCCCCGAAAUACAUCCAGGACAGACUUGAUCUGUACGAGUCGUUGAAGCAGGAGUACUUGGAGUCUUUGGCGAAGAAACCACAUGACCCGAUCACCAUUACCCUCCGGGACGGCAGCACUCGCAUGGGUGAAGCCUGGAAGACCACCCCGGGUGAAAUAGCUCGCAGUAUUGCAAAGAGCGUGUACGAGAACAAUUUCAUCGCACGCGUGGACGGUCAAUUGUGGGACUUUGAGCGUGUCCUUGAAAAAUCCUGCACCCUUGAAUUCCUGAACUUCGACGACGACGAGGCGAAGAUGGUGUACUGGCAUUCAUCUGCACACGUCCUGGGUGAGUGUUCCGAGAGACGCUGGGGUUGUGACCUGUGCAUUGGUCCUCCGCUUGAGGAGGGAGGCUUUUACUACGAAAUGCGUCUACCUGACGCUGCGCCGGUGUAUGAGAGUGACUGGAAACCCUUGGAGAAUAUUGCAAACAAGGCGAUCAAGGAAAAGCAAGUCUUCGAACGUUUGGAAGUUUCGAAAGAAAACCUGCUCAAGCUAUUCGCGUACAACAAGUACAAGCAACACAUCAUUAAUGACAAGAUUCCGGACGGUACCAGCACUACCAUCUACAGAAAUGGACCGUUCAUUGAUCUAUGCCGUGGUCCUCACAUCCCACACACCGGUCGUAUCAAGACCUUCAAGAUUAUGAAGAGCAGCGCGUCGUACUUCCUUGGCGACGCAGCGAAUGACACUUUGCAGCGCAUCUAUGGAAUUUCGUUUCCAGACAAGCAGUUGAUGGCAGACCAUCUUCAUUAUCUCGAGGAAGCCGCUAAGCGUGAUCAUCGCAAGAUCGGCACAGAACAGGAGCUAUGGUUCUUCCACCAGAUGUCACCAGGUUCAUGCUUCUUCAUGCCGAAGGGUAUGGUUAUCUACAACAAUCUACUUUCCUAUAUCCGGGAGGAGUAUUGGAAGCGUGGUUAUCAAGAAGUGCAGACACCAAACUUGUUCAACGCUGAUUUGUGGCGGCAGAGUGGUCAUUGGGAUCAUUACAAGGAUGACAUGUUCACCAUGGAGAUUGAGAAACAGACAUGGGCAUUGAAACCUAUGAACUGCCCUUCUCAUUGCUUGAUCUUUGGUCACCGCGAACGUAGCUAUAGGGAAUUACCAAUUCGCAUGGCAGAUUUCGGUGUGCUACACCGUAAUGAGGCUUCUGGCGCACUUAGCGGGCUGACAAGGGUUCGAAGGUUCCAACAAGACGAUACUCAUAUUUUCUGUACUCAAGAUCAGAUCACUGAGGAGCUGUCCGGAUUGUUUGAUUUCCUGGCCACUGUGUACGGCAAGUUUGGGUUCUCAUUUAAGAUGAAGCUCUCUACCCGCCCAGAGAAGUUUUUGGGUGAAAUUGCUGAUUGGGACCGAGCGGAGUCACGUCUGAAGCAGGCUCUAGACGAGUUCAUGGGCGAGGGCAAGUGGGAGCUCAAUCCUGGCGAUGGCGCAUUCUAUGGGCCUAAGAUCGACAUCACCAUUGCUGAUGCUUUACGAAGAGAGCAUCAGUGCGCCACCAUCCAGCUUGACUUCCAGCUGCCACAACGAUUCCAGCUUGAGUACAUGACUGCUGAGGCGGCUACAGUAGAUGCUAGUGUGCCUCGUGCAGAGGGUGCGCCGAAACCGGGUUUCGCCAGGCCAGUCAUGCUGCACCGUGCUAUCUACGGCAGCUUAGAGCGCUUCAUUUCGAUCUUGACUGAGCAUACUGCAGGACGAUGGCCUUUCUGGCUUUCACCCAGGCAGGUUCUGAUUGUUCCUGUAGCUCCUGCUGUCAAUGAAUAUUGCGAGACGGUGCAAAAGGAACUGCGAGCUCAAGGCUUCCAUGCAGACGCUGACCUUAGCGGAAACACACUGCAAAAGAAGAUUCGUACUGGCCAGCUUGCUCUGUACAACUUUAUCUUCGUUCUCGGUGCUCAGGAGCGCGACUCUGGCACUGUCAACAUCCGCAACCGUGACGAUCCUGAAACCCAGAAGAUGGGCGAGCUGGUGCCGCUAAAGGAUGCGAUUGCAAAGUUAAAGAGCCUUAGAGAUGAGAGACGAUUCGAAAAUAAGAUGAUUUAAGUCUUACGGUGCGUAGAAAAGGCAUUUUUAAACUGGGCAUAUGCAGCACGCGCAAUGAUUCAACGGAGAUAUGAUGGUAACAAAGAGGCAUUAGAACCGGCAUUUUCCGCCACAGAAUUUACUACAGACAAAGUGAUAGCAAACGUGAAAAUCCGACGUUGUAGCCAGAUCCUGCUGCGAGUCUCUUAACAAA